UUUAAAUGGAGAGUAAAUGGAGAAAAAUAUGGGGUUUAAUUGGUUUGCUUCUUUUGAAUUUUGUGAAUAAUGUUUCGUCGCUUUCGCUUACCAUAACCAAAGUCGAUUGCGUAUACGAGAUCGUCCGAUCCGAAGGUGACAUCGUUUCCGGUAACUUCGUUGUCGUCGAUCACCAUAUUUUCUGGUCCUCCGAUCACCCCGGCAUUGAUUUCAGCAUAACUUCUCCUGGGGGUGACAUCCUUCAUAAUUUGAAGGGUACAUCCGGGGAUAAGUUUUCGUUCAAAGCACCACGUAGUGGACUGUACCAGUUUUGUUUCCACAAUCCCCUUUCUACACCGGAGACAAUUGCCUUCUAUAUUCAUAUCGGGCACAUACCUAACGAGCACAAUCUUGCCAAAAAUGAACAUUUGGACCCAAUUAAUGUGAAAAUUGCUGAGCUGAGGGAGGCUUUGGAGGCUGUCACAACCGAGCAAAAGUACUUAAAAGCACGUGAUGCUGUUCAUCGUCGUAAUCUAAUGAUACGGUAUUUAUACUUGGAUGCAGCAAAUGAGAGCACGAAAACGCGUGUGAUAGGUUACACAGUUGGACAAUACAUUUUGCUAACAAUCGCUAGUGUACUACAAAUUGUAUACAUCCGCCGUCUCUUCAGCAAAUCCGUUGGAUACAAUCGAAUUUGAGCCACACUUUAAUUAUUAUUAUUAUUCAAAACCCGAGUCUCAAUUGCGGUUAGAAAUUCCAAUUUUUGUAACUAUUCAAUUCAUUUUUUUAUUUGAAUAUUUGUGAAAUUCAUUAUCUAAAAUACGUUUUAUUUUUUUCAAA